AGUCAGGGUCAGCUUGAGUGACGUGUGUGUUGUACGACUUACGCUUUGCAGGGCAUAUGUGUCAAUUGCGAAGCUGUCAAACUCGAGCAGUACUAAGCUUGCAAAGAGCUUUAAGUUAACGUGAAAUACAUGUUCGAUGCAACUAAUUUUGAGUGUUGGUGACCAAAGAAAAUCCAUGAUGUUCAAAUCUUAUGGUUGUUUAGCAGUAUGUGGAAGUUUUCUCAUACAUCUUACAUUGGGAACUUUUUACACUUUUGGUAAUAUGAACACUUACAUGAUGUCUUAUAUAAAGAGCAGAGUAGAUGAAAGUGUCUCAUACAGUCAGUCAGUAUGGAUUAAUUCUGUUAUGUUAUUGGGUCAGGGACUCAUGAUGCCACUUGGAGGAGUGCUAGAACACAGAUAUGGUGCUCGUAUUACGUGUUUUAUUGGCUGCUUAAUUUUCAGUGGGUGCAUUGCAUUUUCAACAUUUGCCAUAAAAUCUGGUUUCGUUGCAACUGCUGCUGUCUAUGGUUUUCUAUCCAGUUGUGGCCUUGGAUUUGCAUAUGUUGCUCCACUUGCUAAUGGAAUGAAGUGGUUUCCUCAUAGAAAAGGUCUUGUGAAUGGCAUUGUUGUUGGUGGCUUUGGACUCGGAGCUUUAAUUUUCAAUCAGAUUCAGACAGGUUUUCUUAAUCCAGAAAACAAGUCACCAGAAAACGAUGGGCUCAAAAUGUUUGCAUAA